AUGACUACUACUCGUCGUUCCGGUAGAAUUGCGAAGAAGGCAAGACUUGCCAAAGAAAAUGGUACGCCGUCGACUUCCUUCCCGAUCUCGAGAGAAGAUUCAGCGAUCGUUGAGGAUCUUAUGGAUCUUGACUCACAAUCAACUACUCUAACCACCGAUAAUGAAAGUGAUGAGGAAUUCCAAGCACCUCUUCCUGUUCGUCCUUUGCGUAGAGUUCUAAUUGAGCAACACAAGUCUAGGCUUCAGUCUACAAAACGUUUUACAAGAUCCAGUUCAAUAAUGUUACAACAAUCACAGGAGCCGUUGCAGACAGACAAUAAAGAACAAGAUACAGAACUAGAAAUUUCACUUGGGAAUGAAGUAGAUGAAGGUUACGUAUCUCUUUCUGUAUCUACACUUGGCAGCAGCGGUAGUAGCAGUAGUGUUGCUAGUCCUGAACAACAAAGCGAGCAAAGUAGAGCUAUUAUAGACUUAAAGAAAGCGGAUCAUACAACUGUUAACAUGGAUAUAGAAGAAAAGGCUGUUUCAUUGAAGGCGGUUGACGAUGAAGAUGAUGAUAGAUCCGCAGUCGAUUUACAGCAACAAUUUUCUAGUUCGCAGUUAACUGAUUUAGACGGAGAAGAAAUUAACGUUAAUGCAGCGGUUGUUGAAGAGGGACAAGAAGACGAGCUUGAUGGAAAUUAUGAAGAACAGCGAGUAAAUGACGCUGCUGCCAACGACGGUAAUAGUAGCAGUAGUGAGGAUGAUGAUCCAUUCAUGAUCCGUGAGCAGAGAAUUGCGAGACGACAGACAAGACACGGUAGAACUCCUCAUUAUAAACGUACACAAGAUGCACUAGUGAAGAUACAUACAGAUUUGAGCAAUGUUUGGGAUGACUUGGAAAAUAUUAUACCUGAAGAUGUUGUCCCUAUCGAACAGCCUGCCGAGUUAAGUUUACCGCUUUUGAAUUUCCAAAAAUAUGGUGUUGGCUGGAUGCUUCGUCAAGAGAGAACAGAAGGCUUCAACGGUGGCAUUUUAGCUGAUGAAAUGGGUAUGGGAAAAACCAUUCAAACUAUUUCUUUACUUUUGUCAGAUCGUCAAAAGCCAAAUUUGGUUGUUGCUCCUGUAGUAGCUCUUAUACAGUGGAAGAAUGAAAUUGAGCGUCAUACCAACAAUGCUCUUUCAGUUUAUAUCUAUCAUGGUGCCAACCGUAGUAAAGAUAUGAAUGCCUUGAAAGAGUACGAUGUGGUGUUAUCUACUUACCAAGUUUUGGAAAGUAGUUUUCGUCGGCAAGAAUAUGGUGUAAAGAAUAAAUAUACAAAAGCUAUCCGAAAAGAAAAAUCUCUUUUACACAGAAUCCAUUGGCAUCGAAUUAUUUUAGAUGAAGCACAUAAUAUCAAAGACCGUUCAAGCAAUACAGCCCGUUCUGUGUUCAAUUUGGAAGGCAAGUUUAAGUGGUCAUUAACUGGUACUCCUUUGCAAAACCGUGUGGGUGAGCUGUAUUCUUUGAUUCGUUUCAUGCAAGCCGAUCCCUUUGCCUACUAUUACUGUAAAGAAUGUCCUUGCAAGGAAAUUUCUUGGAAAUUUUCUGAUAAGAGAACCUGCGACUCUUGCGGACAUACACCAAUGAAACAUGUCUGUUGGUGGAAUAAUGAAGUAUUGAAGCCAAUUCAAAUGUUCGGUCAUCUUAGGGAUGGUGUAGAAGCUAUGAAGAAACUACGUUUGCUAUUGGAUAAAAUCAUGUUGCGUAGAACUAAAAUAGAAUGUGCCGAUGAUCUGGGGUUACCACCGCGUGAAGUAGUAGUCCGACGUGAUAUUUUCAGCGAAGAAGAAGAAGACAUGUACACCUCUCUCUACUCUAACGUCGCGCGGCAAUUCACGACCUUUGUUGAACAAGGUACGGUGUUGAACAAUUAUGCCAACAUCUUUGAAUUGUUAAUGAAGAUGCGUCAAUGUGCAGAUCAUCCAGAUUUGGUAACAAGACGGUCUGCUGAUACAAAGCAGUUGGUGUGCAUGCUGUGUUAUGACCCACCCGAAGACGCCAUCACUGCUGCUUGUAAGCAUAUUUUCUGUAGAGAAUGCUGUAUUCAAUACUAUCAAAGUUUUGUUGAUGAUGAUAAUGAUGAAUCUCCUCAGCAAAACGGAAAACCACGCUGUCCGUCUUGCUUUGCAGACUUCAGCGUUGAUCUGACUCAACCUGCGAUUGAGAUUGAAUCGGACGGUUUUGGUGCCGGUGGUGUGUUGAAUGCCAAUUAUUCCAAGACAAGUAUUGUUAACCGUAUUAAUAUGGAUAAAUGGCGUAGCUCUACGAAGAUUGAAGCGCUCGUAGAAGAACUCUCUCAGUUACGUCGCGAAGAUAAGACAAUCAAGAGUAUUGUGUUUUCUCAGUUUGUCAACUUUUUGGAUUUGAUCCAUUGGCGUCUUUCUCGUGCCGGCUUUGAAUGUAUCCGUCUGGAUGGUAGUAUGACACCAGAUCAACGUAAUGCUGCCAUCAAUCAUUUCAUGACACAGCCUACUUGCACAGUGUUCUUGAUCAGUUUGAAAGCGGGUGGUGUGGCUCUGAAUUUGACAGAAGCAAGUCGUGUCUUUAUCAUGGAUCCUUGGUGGAAUCCUGCUGCAGAGUUACAAGCUAUGGAUCGUAUUCAUCGUUUAGGACAAUAUCGACCUAUUCGUAUCACAAGAUUGAUCAUUGAGAACAGUAUAGAGAGUCGUAUUGUUCAGUUACAAGAGAAGAAGCAAGCGUUAGUCAACAGUACAGUCAAUAAGGAUACUAGCGCGCUUGAUAAGUUGACAGUGGAAGAUCUGAGAUUCUUAUUUGUUAUGUAA